GUCACCGCCUCCUGCCCCCCUCAGCCUCCUGCCCAACCAUCAACACACUCGGACGGCGGCUCUUGCAGGCGAAGCCCGCGGCGGGAAUUGCAGCGGCACGACACCGCGGGGCUGAGCCGCCUCUCUCGCAGCACCCCGAGACGGUGGCCUGCGGUUGACGAGGGAGCCGAUCGGCGGCUGUCUUUGCCGUCAUGAUUUGACGGAGACGGUUUGCAGUGGCAGGUGAUGUGAGCUGGGGCACACGCAGGCCUUAGUCAUGGAGUGUCACCUGGAUAAAGUCCACCAGAGCGUGCCGCCGCCCUUCCGCCGCUCAGCGUGGACAGGAUUGCACUGGGCUGCUCUGCUGCUGUGCUCCCUCAGCCUCCUGAUCCUGCCAGGAAUUUGCGAGGAAGAGUGCAACUACCACAGCACGGCGUCGCACGUGGUCCUGGCCAACGUCUCCGACAACGUGACCCCCGUCAACGACCUGCCGCCCGUCACGAACGGCUCGCUGUGGGACGCCUGCCUGCACGCCUGCUGCCUGCGGCCCACCUGCAACCUGGCAUGGCUUUACGGGAAGCGCUGCUACGCCGUGAGCUGCCGGGUGCACGGGGACUGCACCUUCCAGGGGGAGAAAUUGGUGCAGACCUCCAUGGCCGUCGUCGAGCGAUUGGCGGGACCGGUUAACGCGACGGAUCGAGCCGACCCGGCGGCGCCGGUGACGGCGGCUCGAUUGUCUGCGUCCACUCGUGCCCACACGGGAAAGGUGAUGGGCCGGAAGGGCGUGCCCGAAGCGGAGCCGGCAGUGAAUGUCACCAGCUCCCUGCCGGAGUUGGUCGCCGCCUCGGAGCUGGAGUACAUCCAGCAGUUGAUGGGGCCUGUGGCGUCCACGACCGGAGCAGCGCAGAGUGUGGUCACGGAACCGCUGAGUAGCCCGGAGCAGCGGCAGACGACGCCAGCGCCGCUUGGAGCUAUGAAUACGGCCCAGCCUCUUGACGAGGAGCUGGAGGGCUACGUCAGGACGCUCCUCAGCCAAGACCAACUGAAUGGCAACAGUCUUACCACCGGCAAAGCCCUCCUGGCCUCCUCCACGAGCCCGCCGCCCCCUCAGAAGCCCACAGAGAAACAGAAGCCGGCAGGGGAUUCCUCGACGCACGGUGCCAGCACUGCACAGAAGGGAGACAGAUUGGACGGUGCGACCGGGCAGCUUCCAGCCCUGCCGCUCUCCUCGGCGAACACCUCGGAAACGUGGAGCAGCGCCAGUCCACCGUCCAAUGCCAGCUGGCCUCCCAGCACCGCCGCCGCCACCACGCCAAUGCCAAUGAGCACUUCAUCGACGGCUAAGCCGGUGAAGGCGCUGGUCGUGUCGACUGGCGACAGCGUGGAAGUGACGCUGCCCAAGGACGAGGUGGUGCUCAACGCGGUGGCGAGCCCGGAGCCACCGGCAGGCGAGACCUACCAGUACGAGUGGAUGCUCAUCAGCCACCCAGAGGACUACCAGGGCGCCAUCGAGGAUAAGCACCCGCAAACCCUCAAGCUGUCCUAAGGUAACUUAUGUACUCUGUCUGCAGGGCUCUACAUGUACAAGGUGGCGGUGAUAGGGAAGAAGGCCUACGGAGAGGGCUUCAUAAACGUGACGGUGAAGCCGGCCCCACGGGUUAACCAGCCCCCUGUGGCCAUCGUGUCUCCGAAGAGCCAGGAGAUCUCUCUGCCCACCUCCUCCACCUUCGUCGACGGCAAACUGAGCCAGGAUGACGACGGCAUCGCGAGCUACCGCUGGGAGCAGAUCCGUGGGCCCCUCCACGAGGAGAGGGUCACGAACCUGCCCAUCCUGCACCUGUCCAGCCUGGUGGCCGGCAACUACACCUUCAGGCUCACCGUGGUGGACACGGACGGAGUGAGCAACUGGACGACGGCCAACGUGACGGUGAACAAGGCGGUGGACUACCCCCCCGUGGCCAACGCGGGGCCCAACCAGGCGAUCACGCUCCCGCGCAACUUCGUCACGCUCAACGGCAACCAGAGCUCCGACGACCACGGCAUCGUGAGCUACGAGUGGACGCUCGGCUCCAACACCAAGGGCAAGGUCCUGGAGAUGCAGGGUGUGCGGACACCCUACCUACAGCUGUCGUCGAUGCAGGAGGGCGACUAUACCUUCCAGCUCACGGUCACCGACGCGGCUGAACAGCAAAGCACCGCAGAGGUCACCGUAGUCAUUCAGCCUGAGAACAACCGCCCCCCCGUGGCUGAGGCCGGGCCUGACAAGGAACUGACCAUCCCGGUGGACAGCACCAGCCUGGAUGGCAGCAAGAGCACCGACGACCAGGGCAUAGCAUCCUACCACUGGGAGAAAAUCAGCGGGCCGCCAGGUGUGCGGCUGGAUCACGUCGACGAGGCGGUGGCCACGGUGAGCGAGCUGCAGGUGGGCACCUAUGUCUUCUCCCUGACGGUGCUCGACGCCAAGGGCCUGAGCAGCUCCGCGUCCGUCACCGUCACCGUCAAAGAGGAGAACAACAAACCCCCGCACGCCACGGCCGGCGGGAACAAGGUGCUGCUGCUGCCUGACGACACGGUCAUGCUGGACGGGUCGCGCUCCUGGGACGACCAGGGCUCGCUGUCGUACGAGUGGACGCGCGACGGCAGCAGCCCCGCCGCCGGCGUGGUUCUCAACAGCUCCGAGCACCACCCGGUGCUGUGGCUCACGAACCUGGUGGAGGGAACGUACGUGUUCCGCCUCAAAGUGACCGACAACAAGGGCGAAAGCAGCCAGGACAUGGCCACGGUGGAGGUGAAACCAGACCCCAAGAGCUCGCAGCUGGUGGAGCUGGUGUUGGACGUGCCGGUGAGCCAGCUGCAGCAGCAGCAGAAGGAGCUGCUGAUCCGCCAGCUGUCGGUGCUGCUCAGCGUCCUUGACUCGGACAUCCACGUGCAGAGGCUGCAGGCCUACACGCAGAGCAGCACCCAGCUGGUGUUCUACGUGCUCACGGAACAGCCCAACAUGAUCUACAAGGGCGUGGAUGUGGCCCGCAUGCUGCGGCGACUCCUGCAGAGGGAGAAGACCAACCUGCUGGCGUUCCGGACACUGCGCGUGGACACCUUCGUGUGCCAGCUGGCGUGCUCGGGCCACGGCCGCUGCGACUCGUUCACCAAGCGCUGUACGUGCUUCCCGUUCUGGAUGGAGAACGUCAUCCGCACGCAGCUGGGCGACGGCGAGAGUAACUGCGACUGGAGCGUGCUCUACGUGACGCUCACGACGUUCGCGGUGGCGGUGACCGUGGGGCUGCUGGCGUGGCUCACCGUGUGCUGGUGCCGGAGGGCACGGUCGAAGGAUCGCCGGAAGCCACGCUACAGCAUGCUCAACAACAUGGACGACCACGAGAUGGAGAUGAAGCCCAGCCACAGGGGCAUCAGGAAGAAGCGGCCCCAGCAGAGCACCAGCAUCAUGGUGUCCGACUCGGACCUCGACUCGGACCAGGAGACGGUCUUCUCGCGCAACGGCAACGAGAAGCAGCGCCUCUUCGCCGGCCACAACGGCGCCCUCCGCAACGGCAGCAUCGCGUCCAAACCCAGCAUCUGACGAGAGCGCCGCACAACGGAGACGAACGACCCAUACCGCCGCCGGCGCCGCCGCCCCCCGUCCCGGCUGCCUCCUUUCUCCGCAUUCGGGUUCCCAGCUCCCGGCCUCUCCCUCCUUUUCCCCCGUAGUAGAUUUGUCCCUCGCUAAGACGCAGCGGUCGCACCGUGCCAGCCAGACGAACAACGCACAGCUGCGAUGUUUUCCUGCCGAAACUGCUGCUGCUGCUGAUGCUGCCGUCACGACCGUCGCCGCCGAACUGACUCUCGAGUGGAAGGAGCUGGGGGGGGGGGGAUGCGACGGCGCUGCCUGUGAACGCUUGGAGAAAAAAACUUACAAAAAGCGGUGCAGAGCAACCCUCGGGAUUUCUCUGCUGGUUGAACCCUCUGAACCCAGGGGAGAAUGUGGAAGUCUCGCCGCUGCUGCUGCUGCUGCUACUGCUGCUGCUCCUGUUGCCGAACCGACUUGAGCCUCGGUUUGUGGCAUUGUUUGAACUUCCAAACAAAUGCAAUUUACGGGAAGGAGAAAAAAGAAGAAAAGGCAACGCGGUGCGAAGCGGCGACACGAAGUCUGGGAGUGCGCGCCUUUGCCGAUGGCCCGUCCCGUCGUAACGGGAGAGAGGGGACUGUCGUCGAGAAAGCGGCUCGCUCCCGGGGACCGGCCCCCCCCCCCCCCCUCCCCCCCGCGGACAUUGCUUCUCGGGGAGCGGAUUGCGUUUCGUGGCCCGUUGACGUGUCGCGCAGUGUCCGGUGUUGACGCGCUCGCCGAGAAGGGGAGACUGGAAAUACGGAAUACUGUACCACGCACCGGUGCAUUAACCGAAACGCGACACCGCCACUGAAGCAGUGCAUUGUUGACCGUGUGUCACGUGCCGGUGCAUUACGGUCCCACUGAAAGCCGGAGGCGCUGCCGGCGCCGAGCCCCCACCCUCCCCCCCCCCCCGGCACUCCGACAUGUACGGAGAAGGAGGGGGGGGGGUUGUCUGGCUUGUGAGCAACGCGGGAGCGGUAGGGGUGAGGGGUCACUUUAUAGCGGCGUUUUCCCAGACGCCGCGGACCGCCACGUCACGGUCGUCGCGCUCUUCCGCUUCAACGACAAAUUGUCGUUGCACGCCGCACGCCCUCGCACACCCGACGACGCCGCCGCUUUGCGAUCACGACUCGGCUCGGAUCGCCCUUCUCUGCGUGUGCCGUGUGACCUUGUUUAGCGAGAUGUACGCGUGUUGAACUUCUUUCGCGCACCGUACGUAGCCAACCGUGCUAGUCGGAGGUGCGGGGGAAGGACAACAAACUAAAUCAGGCACUCGUGUUGCCCAAGAACUCAAUUUGUACUUGAAAGGAGGUAAAUGGGAGAAAGUGGAAAAACUGACCCGGGAUUGGGGGUCACGAAGAUAUGGGAAAAUCCUCCUCCGUCAAGACACCGUGCAGCGUGUGCGUGCCGCGUGACGCUUCUGCAGUACGGUCGGGUUGUCUGUUUCGAAUUAGCCGGUCGUGUUUGUUGAGUCGCCUGCGCGUGGGCGAGCCGGCUGGCCAAAGCACAUGGGCCGCGUCAAGCUCCCGACGAGGGGAGUUGCUUUUAACUCCAGGGGGGCCGAAAUGUUUACCUGAUUUGUUUACGGGAGUGGUGGGGGAAGCUACUGCCCCCCGCGACUUGGCCUUCACACUGCCCGCGGCCGCCACGUGAGGCCCCCCGCUUCGAAACAUCGGCCAACACAACAUUUAUCCCUCGCUGCAAGCCGCACGAGGGGAGGGGGAAUAUUUUCUUCACCUGACGGUUUCUAAUUUUAGCGCCGCGCUCAGUCACUUCAAUUGCCACAAGGGCCUCUCUCGCGGGUGGUGGAAGCGGCCGAGGCGCGCGUUUGUGAACGAGUGAGUGGCUGUGCGCGCGAGGUAAUUGAGGCUGCCCACCCGCCGGUUUACGGCAACAAAGAGUCGUCUCGCGCUCGCAGUGGGACGACGAGCGCAGGGCGCGGGCGGUCGCGAAGCUGCCGGUCGUGCGGACGUUGGGACUACAUUGCGACCUGUUGCCCCUCCAGCCGGGUCGGCAAACCGGGGACUUGAACCUCGGCCGUCGUCACGGCGGAGCCUGCGUUUGCCAAAACGUAGAACUCGCACCCCCGACUCGUGACGCCACCCGUAGCCAAUCCAGCGGAAAAGCUUGACUCCAUAUCUGUGACCGCUAAUGACAAUCGGAUGGGACCGACGGCUAGGGCUGGGGGCAUGGGAUGGGGGACGACUGCGCGAAUUGAAUGGGCGAUCCACUGGCGUGGGUCUGGACGCCGGCUCGAGGGGAAGCCGUGGCGUGGGCAGCGCGGCUGGGCACUGGCGAUACUGGAGCUCUGCCGACGGCCGCUUGUGCCGCCGCCGCCGCCGCGUCUCAUUAUUUGUCGCGAGCUGCGGUGCAAUGGUCAGCACACUGGACUUGCGAUGCAGAGGUCGCCGGUUCUGUUCGACCUCCUAGUGGGGAGGUUGAAAUAAUUGGACACGUUUCUUAAACUGCCCCACCACUCCCACCGCGUCUUGUCUACCCAGAAGUGAAAGCGGUUAACACCACGGUCGAUCGGCAGGUAAAGUCUGGGUACUCUUUUCCCCGAGACGUUUGGCCAGCGUGGAAGAGUAGGCCAAAAAAUACCUUCUAGAUGGGGCUGUCUACAGCUCCCUCGAGUGAACGCCGUUCUGCCAGUAGUGGUGUAAACAAACAACUGCAAUGCUGCAGUUGUUUGUUUUUUUCCAGGUGUCAUGGAAUAUUUUUUUUUCCAAGGGGCAUGCCCAGCCACCUGUACCGCACCCAGUGACCUGGUCUCCAGAAGGAAGGGCAUAGCUGAAUAACGCCACGGGUGUUCGCAAUGCAACGUUGGGUGGCCGCGCGGGUCCGAGUGUUCGCCACUUUGAACCGAGACGAAGGUUCGAUUCCUGCGGCUGCUGCUGCUGCCACCCGGUUUGUUGUCUCGCGUGCGCCGUCCGCUGCGCGGAGGACGUUAUCGAGACUGCGACGUCGUUCGCACGAGCAGCCCCGCCGUGUGCCCGAGUCUCAAACGGGCACCCGUAAUGUGAACACGAUUCGCGCCUAAAAAUGUUGGUGCGAACAAAGCUGGCGUAACUGUCCCCGCUAAGUGGAAUUGUCCAGGUCUCCCUCUCACAGAUGUGAUAAUUCAACUCGCUGGAAUCUCACCUCAUUAAAUUAAGCCCAAUGAGCUGAAUGAAAAUCGCAUCGCUGUUAAAUAAUGCAAGGCUAAAUGUUUUUCUCCUUUACCCUGCCACGAUGACCGAUGUUUCGCAGCUCCUGCUGGGAGCUUCUUGAGCCACGGAAUAUUCGAGUAUCGUGCCGAAUUACACGUGGUAACAAACCUGAAGGCGCAUCGUAGGGGAAGUCGCGUCUUUCCCUUGGGAGCGCCAGGCGGUAGCUGGAAGUGAUCAGCGGGCCACUUGAGCAUUACGUUUUGGGCAAUUGUUUUCUGGCUCGCUGGUACUCGACUAGACUAGGUGGCACGUGAGUUGUAGAAGCAGUCGAGGCGAGAGGGGGUAUACUGGAUGCGGUGUGCCGGGAGUGGAAAUUUUUUCUGGGCCGCCGGCACACCGGACCGGCCCGGUUGAAAUGAAGCCUCCCACGUGACGUAAUGUCGGCCCAGCGAUUGUGUCCGUGCUCGUUAAUUCGAACCAUCGGCUCGGGCCACAGAUUAAACAUCCUCCGCUACCUGUGCCGGCACUACUUUCCAUUAAACUGGAAUUGUUAAUAUUAUUUUGCGGUCGUAGGGUUAAACCACUCUCUGGAGGGAUUUGUUUUAUUCCUGAUGUGUAGUAUAUAUGUGUGUGUGUGUCCAUACACGACGCGUACUACUGUGAAAGAAUGCUCGCACAUCUUUACAUUGCUUCUCAGUUUUGCGUUGAGUUUGCUCAAAAGGUCAUGAGGGUCGCCACGUGCAAUCGCAAACUCUCGCAACAGACGCCACAUUCGGAAAUGCUCUUCGCCUGCUUUGCAUCACGCUUGCGCGGCUGUAGGCUUAGAGAAACCUCUGCGUCGGUUUUUCGCUGUUUGGGUCCCCGCUCUGUCUGCAGGUCGUGCCGUGCGGCACGAUGUUCGACGUUCCCGUGCGGCGCGCUCAGAGCUCCCGCGCGAACGGAGCACGUGGGACAUCUUGCCGAAGGACGCGCGGCACGACCCCCAAACUCGUGUCGGAGAGCUUUGGAGAGAACUCCGCUUGUCCACGCGCAAAUAUAUUUUGGGGAUAUUUUUGCCACGCUGGAGUAGAAUCCCCGUGACAUCUCCGCGGCCGUCUCCCCAAGCUUGUAACGGCUCCCACAUCGCGUCGGGCCUUGAUUUUUGUUAUCAAUUUCAUUUUGAUGCCAAGAAUUGUUAUUUUCUUUUGUCAAUAAUUGACAGCAAUUCCCGCUCUGCCAUGGCUUCUCCUCCGCGUAAAACCGCCGUUGUCCGUAGAUGGAAAUUGCUUUUGGGGUCUGGUGCAAUUCCUACGCAUCAUUCAAGCCUGGUAUUGUUUCCCUGGCUACAAUUUUCUCCUUUCUCGGAGGGAUUAUUUAUUCUAAUGCCUUGUGGCUGUGUCUGGAAACAAAUGAAUGUAAAGUAAAAAUGAAACAAUGAAUACAAAUUGCACCCACUUUGCAAAAAAGCCUCGGUGGGUGUGCGUCUUGUCCCUCUCGGAA